CUUGACUAUAAUAAUACAUGAAACUUUAGAUGUGUAAUAGUCUGUUGAUUAACUUCUUCUGGCUCAGUAUUUUCAUUUCAAUAUGACUAGAGAACUUGUUAUUCUUGCUUAUUCUGGAGGUCUAGACACCAGCUGUAUUUUGAAAUGGUUGAUCCAAAAAAAUUACGACGUCGUAUGUUAUAUGGCAGAUAUUGGUCAAGAUGAAGAUUUCGAGAAGGCCAAACAAAAAGCUCGUUCUAUAGGAGCUAAAGAUGUUAUCGUAGAAGAUCUACGUGAAGAGUUCAUAAAAAACUACAUGCUGCCUGGUGUUCAGAUGGGAUUGGUUUAUGAAAGUCGUUAUUAUUUGGGCACGUCAUUAGCAAGACCCUGUAUCUCUGUCGGUAUAGUGAAGGCCGCAAAGAAAUUAAAAGCAAAGUAUAUUUCGCACGGAGCCACUGGCAAAGGGAAUGAUCAAGUUCGUUUUGAAUUAAGCGUGUACUCCCUGUGGCCGGAAGGCAAGGUUAUCGCACCAUGGCGUCUACCAGAAUUCUUCGAAAGAUUUCAAGGUAGAAGCGAUUUAAUCGAAUAUGCUAAGAAAGAAAAUAUACCAGUAUCAGCCACACCGAAAGAGCCAUGGUCCACCGAUGAAAAUAUUAUGCAUAUAAGCUACGAGUCGGGGGUUUUAGAAGAUCCCGCUGCAAUACCACCUGCAAAAAUAUACAAAAUGACACGAGAUCUUCAACAAACCGAAGAUUAUCCAUGUGUUAUCGAUAUCAACUUUGAAAAAGGAUUACCGGUAUCUGUACAAAUACCAAGCAACCAAGAAAAAGCUCUUGUCAUCACCAACGUGGUAGCCAUGGUGGAAACGUUAAACAAACUGGGUGGACAACACGGCGUCGGGCGGAUUGACAUAGUCGAAAACCGGUUCCUGGGAUUGAAGUCCAGAGGUUUAUACGAAACUCCAGCAGGAACUAUUCUGCACGUGGCACACCUUGACCUUGAAGCGUACGCACUCGAUAGAGAAGUCCAAAGGAUCAAAAAGUAUCUACAAGACAAAAUGGCCGAUUUCGUUUAUAAUGGAUUUUGGUUUUCGCCUGAAGCUAACUAUACCAGAAAGUGCUUGGAACAAUCACAAGAUAUAGUAAAUGGCACUGUAACCGUUCAAAUAUUUAAAGGGAAUGUUACAAUCUUGGCACGAAAAAGUUCUAAAAGUUUAUACAACCAAGAGCUUGUGUCCAUGGACGUCUCUGGUGGUUUCUCUCCUGAAGAUAGCACUGGUUUCAUCAAUAUCAAUGCAUUGCGUCUUAAAGAAUAUGCAAGAUUUUUAAAACAGUCAGAAUUAAAUAAGUAACAUUACUUUCAUAUAUAUUUAAAUGAUUCACCUUCGUUGCUCAAAAGUAAAUUCAACAUUUACGGUCAAGCAAAUCGCAAGUUUUACUAUCGUCAUUUAGACCAUCAGCAAAUCGCUCACUUUUCA